UAAUGGCAUGAUCUCCCACCAUCACUAUCUUUCUUCCAAGUUAGAAAGAAACCUGCAACAUAAAAGGCAACAAACAGAAUGGCAGCUGCAAACUGCUUCAAGCAUGGAACAAUUCUACCAGUCUCGGCCAAUCUCCAGCACAAGCAGCUACCACCAAGAAACAGCUGCACCAUAAACAAGGAGCCCAAGGGAAACAGAAACAUGAUGCUUAUGAUGGGUUUGAGUGGAAGACAAGGUAAAGCAUUCAAACGUGUUGGGAUGAUAAGGUGCAGUGGGAGAAGUAUAGAGGACUUCAUAGGAGGAGACUUGGUGAAAUUUGAUCUCGGCCGUUGGCUUUCGGACGUGGAGGAGCACAAGGCCCUGGCUGUCUACUCUCCCCAUGAGGGAGGCUACGAGGGCCGCUAUCUUAACCGCCUGAGAUACCAGGGUUACUAUUUCCUGGACCUUAGUGCCCGAGGCCUCGGUGAUCCUGAGACCACCCUCACCAAGGUCCAUCCUGUUUGCCCGCCUCAUCUAGGGAAGCAGCCCAUAUCAAGGUGGUACUUUCCACCAGAAGUUGAUUACAGGCUUGCCGCCCUGCCUCCAAAGGCCAAAGGCCUUGUGGUCUGGAUUAUUGAAGCCAAGGUUCUGUCAAAGGCAGAGCUGCAGUUUCUUGCUCUGCUUCCCACACUCCGGCCCAAGGUCAGGGUCAUUGCCGAAUGCGGAAACUGGAGGAAAUUUGUAUGGAAACCACUCGAAGAAAUUUCAGGAUUAACUGCUAAUGAGGGAUGAGAACAGUAGCAAAGACACAGCAG